AUGCCGUUCUUCAAGCAGCUGCGACGACGCUCCAAGGCCAGCUUCAAUGCGACCGACGCCAAGUCGCCCUCGACCAAGGUCGAUGAAGUGGUCUCGGGCAAAUCCUCCUCCACGAUCGACACGUCUUCCCACAGCUCCAUCACCCCCCCGUCGUCGAUCAAGCCCACCCUCUCGUCGCCCAACCUCCCCUCGCUCUCCGAAUCCAAUGGCACCAGCAUCGCCAGCACCGCCAGCACUCCUCUCGCCCCUCCCCCGCAACGCCCGGGGCCCUACAUGACCACCCCCUCACAACGAAACAGCAUUGUGGGCAGCUCAGCCUCAGCCUCGUCUAUCAAUGGAGUCUUGCGGUCGCCAACCCCAAGCUCCCCAUAUGCGCCACGGAUUGUGUCGAUCUCCGAUAACAAUUGGGUGCAUCAAAAAGUACUGCUCGUCUACGGUCAGAUUGGAGACCCGCGUCAACAUCCGCUGGACGGAAAUGUGACCGUCUUCCAUCACCAAGAUAACUUCCCGUCCAUCGGCUGGCCCGUGACGGCCUCUCAUUUUAAAGUUCUCGCCCAUCUAGUGCCAGGCCCUAAUCGUCUUCGUUUCGACUUCGUCUCGCCCAAGCUAUCCACAGGAAGCACCUAUCCCGCCGUCCACUCGACUUGGAUUAAUAUCAACUACCUGCCGCUGGUCAACACCCCGCCGCUGCACCUGGUCAUCUUGUUGGGAAAGGAUUCGGAAGGAACCUACGAUGCAGUGCCCGAGAGGACAGAGCGCGAAGGAAACGGACUCGAAACGGCAAUUCGAAAAUACCGAACAGCGGCCUAUCUAUGGCAAGCGUUCACCGGAGAGCAGAUGUACCGCAACAACCUCGGGCGGCGUUGCUUCCGGUUUGAAGAGGAGUGGCAGCCCGGUAGCCUGAGCCGUCGAGACUUGUCGGCAGGCCAGAUGCGCAACGAAGCGAAGAUACACGUCAUUCGCUCGGAAAAGACUGUGGCUGAACUACGGGAUCUCAACAUCGCCCAGCAAAAUGACAACGCUCAGCGCCGAGAUGAGCUUUUCACAAUCGCCAAGGACGCCGUGCGGAGUCGGUUCCCCUCCCAGCCUGGCCAAAAGCAGUAUGUCUCGGUAUUGCUUCUUGACUCUCAUUGGGACACGAGCGCACAAAUGAUCACUGGCCAUGCCGCUCUUGGGUCCGGCGACGACGAUAUCAAAAUGGCUAUCUUCGGGUCACAUUGCUUGCAGAGCUACCCAUCUUGCUUGGAGGAUGUGGUCGAUGCGUUCAGUGAUUGCACACGAACAGAUACCAACUAUGUGGCCAACGACAGUGGCGAUGCUGGUUCCAACUGGGAGUCGGCCAACUUGGGUAUUGGGGCGCACCUGCACGAGGUUGGGCAUUUAUUCGGAUGCCCACACCAAGAGGCGGGGAUCAUGCUUCGAGAUUACGUGCAGCUCAACCGCACUUUCUUGACCAAAGAGCCCUUUUCGACUCGCACCAAAGCGCAGGGACUGAAACUGUGUCUGCCGAAUGACGAGUGUGGAUGGCAUCGCCUGGAUGCACUGCGUUUCCGAUUUCACCCUGCCUUCCGCCUCCCUAAUGACGCACCAGUCCAUUCGGAUGACAGUGUCCAGGUCUGGCCAGUGGAAAAUGGCAAAAUUCUUUUCACGGCAUCUUCUGGUAUUGCUUUCAUGGAAUUGUAUCAAGAGGGUGACGAUUUCUGCCGCAACUAUAUCGAGUAUCUUAACACCGAGUCCAGUCCCAACGGUCUGCCCAAACAAAUCACCGUCACCGAGAGCGAGCUUCGUCAAAAACUAUUUGGAACCGAGAAGGAGAAGAAAAAGAAGAUUCGAGUGGUGGUCUUCUCAGGCGCCAUGGGCAGCUACACGGUCGAAGAUAUUGGUGUUCUGAAGUCAAAGAGCUCUUUGGUCAAGCUUCCCAAGAGUCAAACUGGUUAUAAGAGCGGAAAGCUGGGACAGUCUACUAUGGAGGGCAGCGAGCCCGAGCAAGUUCUGCUCGAGUGCGCUUUUGUCAAGACGAAGCUCUUGACCUCCAUCAAGAUAUAUCAUGGAUACGCCCUUGACGGCAUCGAAUUUUGCUACGAGGACAUGACCAGCCAGCUCUUUGGAAAGCGAGGCGGCAAGCCUGGCGGCGACGAAUUCGUCCUCGAUACACGCCGGGGAGAGAUUCUUCUUGGAUUCUAUGUUCGAGCUGGGCUCUGGAUUGACGGGAUCGAAAUCCUCACCAGCCAAGGGAGAAAAUCCGGCUUCUACGGGAAUGCCACCGGAGGAUCUGGACACACUUUGAUCCCGCCUUUGGGAUAUAAGAUCGCCGGUGUCUCUGGAUCCUGCGGGUCUUGGGUCGACGGAUUUUCUCUCAUCAUUCAGCACUAA